GCAUCUAUCUCAGGUAACUUUUGAUUGCUUAUAUAAGCAUUCAGUUCAGUUCCUAUGUUUUCUUUCUCAUUCCAUGUUUUUUUCUUUUUUUGUCCUCUCAGAAAUGGAGUUUUCAGAUUGUUAGAGCAUUCAUUCAGCUUUGCAUCUGUGACUGGAUCUUGAUUCCUAAGAAAUGGAUCCAAAAGGAAGCUUAUGUGCUAACAACUGGGCAGGGUCCUCUUCUUCCUCAGAUCCUCCUCCUUUCUAUGGGGUCAGGACUGAAGCACCUUUCAAAGAAUUUAACCAGUUCCCUCCAACUCACUCUGCACUUCCAGGUGAAUCUAACAAGGUCCCUGAUCAAGAAAGUUAUCCGCCAAGGGACUCGUCACAAGCGAGUAAACUCCAAGAUUGGGAUCCAAGUGUGAUGUUGAAUAACCUUUCAUUCCUGGAAGAAAAGAUUCACCAGCUCCAGGAUCUAGUGCAUUUGAUUGUCAACAAAAAAUGCCAACCUUUUGCUCAGCCGCAUGAGCUCGUGACUCAGGAACAGCAACUCGUCACAGCUGAUCUUACAUCAAUUAUUGUUCAGUUGAUCUCUACAGCAGGUAGUCUUCUCCCAUCUGUUCGGCACACCCUUACAAAUACAAAUCCAUUGGUCAGUCAGCUCAGCCAGCUUCGUGGGAUGAACCUUCCCUUCGGACCAGGCUCAAAUAUUGGUAAUCAGAUGCAGCCACAAAAUAAUAGUGGAAGUAAAUUGUUUGAUCAGUCCAUUCAGAAUGAUCUACCUCAUAACUGUGAAAUGGAGCAAAACCACAAUGUGGAAGAACAUGAACAUAAAGAUGAGGAAGAUGUGGAUGAUGGAGAGAACCUUCCUCCUGGUUCCUACGAGAUUUUGCAAUUAGAGAAAGAAGAAAUCCUUGCACCUCAUACGCAUUUCUGUACAAUAUGCGGGAAGGGGUUCAAGAGGGACGCGAAUCUCCGAAUGCACAUGCGAGGCCACGGUGAUGAGUAUAAAACACCAGCAGCUCUUGCAAAACCACAUAAAGAAACCGGGUCUGAACCAAAGCUUAUCAAGAGGUAUUCCUGUCCCUACACCGGCUGCAAGCGUAACAAGGAACAUAAGAAAUUUCAGCCUCUGAAGACUAUUUUAUGUGUGAAAAACCACUACAAAAGAACACACUGUGAUAAGAGUUACAUUUGCAGCAGAUGCCACACGAAGAAGUUUUCGGUCAUCGCAGAUCUCAAAACUCAUGAGAAACACUGUGGCAGAGAUAAGUGGCUGUGUUCAUGUGGAACAACAUUUUCGAGGAAAGACAAGCUUUUUGGACACAUUGCCCUUUUCCAAGGCCAUACACCAGCAAUUCCUAUGGAUGACGCCAAAGGAAUCGGCGAGCAGCGUGAUCACUGUGAAACCAAAGAAAACAGCAGUAGGGUAGGAAGCAUGAACUUCUGUUUUGGAUCAAAUCCUUCAAGUGAUCAAAAUGGAGUUCAAAACAUUAUGGAUGUCAAAGGAGAUAUUGAUGAUCCUAUCAGUUAUUUCUCAUCCCUGAACUUUGAAGGCUGUAACUUUGGUGGGUUUAAUGAAUUCUCACAGCCUCCAUUUGAAGAUUCCGAAGGUUCUUUCUCUUUCCUCAUGUCCGGAUCAUUUAAUUAUGCUCCAAAGUCUGGGGGUGAACCAUGUUCUGACAAUCUGUAGCGACAGUUUAUGACAAUGUUACUCUUCUACAUUAUAUCUAUGUUUUAUUUAUUAUGCUGUUAAGUAAUAAACCUUCUGUUUCUCUUAAGUUUGUAAUUGUAAAGCCAGGUAAUAUCAUAUGUACUCACCAUUUCUUAAUAUAGAAAAAUUAAUUCUCUUGAA